AUGGGAGAUGCGUGGCGCCGCACAGAUCUCCGCAAGCAAACGAUGUCGUCGUCCAGCGAGUAUGAUUUCUCGCUGGUCCACGGUAGUAAAGCGUCUGCCGCUCAUCACUGUCUGCAAUACCUCGGAGCCGGAGGCCAUAGCCCAAUAAAUGCAAUGGGCAUACUUGAAGAAGUAGUUGCACGGACACAUGCGCAGGUUCAGAUCAACAGCCCAUUCGACACGAGGGCAGAGCACCGACACCACACAGAUAGCUCCUUCAGAGGUGGCAGUGGUUCGUCAGUCAAGAAUGCAAUCGAGAUCCGAGCUGGCGCAUAUUCAUAUACGUGUCCAGCGCGCUCCAGCUCACGUGUGCGAGUCUUUUGCUUGGAUUGGGCUACCGGCAGCUGA